AUGGUCGAUUCCACACUGAUGUCUGCUACCAAAGAUGGUAGUGAGGACGAAGUGGUAGUGAGGUCCCGCUCGUUGAAGUUUGAUGUUCAGGACGCAUCCGGAGGAUACGAGACAUGUAUUUGUAUCGGAUCGUAUCGUAUUUAUUUUGAGCCUGAUACCGGUAUCAGUAUUUCCUUGCCAAGUAUCUUAUGUAUCAAAUACGGUUUUGGUGGGAUCAGUCAUCUGAGACGAUACAGAAUACAUUUCUCACUUUUCAAAUACGAUACAUGUAUAUGUCUCAGGAAAUGCCGGUUUUCAUCAUCCGCCGAAAUUGUGAUUGCGGCCACACCCCACCUCGAGCCUAACACCGCCGCUCCAAACGCGGAUAAUGGUACCAAGGAAUUUGGGCCCUCUUCUCGGAUCGGAUUGGCCACCACUCAAUUCCCCUCAAACGGCUUCAUGGACUAUCAAGACCACUGGGAUGAUCAACCAGCAACAACCGUAUAG